GAGGUAAUUCUCAGAGGACGAUAUUGUUAACAUCAUGGAGGCCACCAUCCAAAGCAAAACAACAGAUAAAACAUUAGAGGAUAUGACGAUAGAUGAACUUAAUGAAAGAGAAGAUGAAAUUGAUGAAGAGGAAGAGAGGAUAUUUGAAGCCUACAGGAGACAAAGAAUGGCGGAGAUGCGACAGGCUCAGAUGAAGGCUAAAUAUGGAGAGGUCAAGGAAAUAUCCAAGGUCGAUUAUGUAACAGAGGUCAACAAAGCAGGGGAGGGGGUCUGGGUAAUUCUACAUGUCUACAAACAAUCAAUUCCAUUAUGUAAAUUAUUAAAUCAACACAUAUCAAUGUUAGCAAAGAAAUUUCCCGACGUAAAGUUUCUACGAAGUGAGUCCAGUGUAUGCAUUCCUAACUACCCUGAUAAGAAUCUGCCUACGAUAUUUAUAUACUUCGAAGGGGACCUUAAAAAGCAAUAUGUUGGACCACUUGUGUUCGGUGGGAUGAACUUUAAACAAGACGAGCUGGAAUGGAUGUUAUCAGAGGUGGGGGUUCUGAAGACGGACUUGGAGGGACCGCCGAAACGUGAAAUCCACGACGUCAUGGACUCCGCGGUGCGACAGAGCAGACUGGAAGAUGGCGACAGUGACGAAAACGACUGGUGAAACACAUGCUCCGUGUCUGUGUAAGGCAAAAGGAGAAAACAGACUUUUAUCUCGAAGUGCCCCUUUGAAAUGUUUUUAUGAAAUGAAAAACAGAUAAAAUCUGAAACAUAUAAAACAAUAUAUGACUUAACAUAUAAAAGAUAACGUAUAAAGUAUGUGACGUCAUCAGGACUGUAUAAUAUUAAUGACUGAUUAAAAACACUAAAGUUGCGUAUAUUUAUUUUAUGCAGUAUUUAAAUACUUUUCAGAUUGGAAUAUGUUUUUAUCAGUACUGAAUGGGUUAAAAUUUGUAAGAGUUGAACUUAUUUAAACAGACCCAUUAUGUGAUAAAGCACUGUUACAACCACUGCGUUUUUUGAAUUGUUUUAAUAAUAUUAUCAAUGUUUUUAAAUGAGAGAUAGUAUAAGCUAAAGUAUUUAAUAUGUAUACAGUUUUAUAUUCCAAAUCAUGAGAGAAUUUUCAUUUCGGGCAUUUUCUGAAUGAAUUGAAACAGACAGUUAUAAAUGUGCAUCUCAAGUAAAGUCUAUGUAUUAGAUACACUGUACUAAAAAUUUUGCUUCUGGAAAGACCUGGAAAGACCUGGAAGUAAAUGUUUAUUUUGAAAUUCAAAGUAGGCACAUUUGUUGUGUACUACAAAAUAGGUUUUGAUUCCUUAUGCUUAGACAUGUCCUUUUUCCAGUCUGCAAAUUCCAGAUAAACUGCAUGUGGGAAAAAGGCGGAAAUUUUAUUGGAUGUAAAAUAAAUAUCUGUUUUUCACAAAAAUGUUAUAAUUUUGUGAAU